AUGCGUAUGAAUGUGCGGCGUGAUCACUUAUUGGAAGAUUCGGUGGAUGCCGUCAUGAGUCUGAGCCGCAAGGACAUGCGCAAGUUGUGGAGAUUCGAAUUUAUCGGCGAGGCAGGCAUUGACGCAGGUGGCUUGGCUCGGGAAUGGUUUCAACUAGUGACGGACGAAAUAUUCGAUCCCGACAUGGGAUUCUGGCAAAGCUCCGAAACGAACCAAAUGUGUAUGCAGAUCAAUCCGGCAUCCCAAAUGAUCCACGAGGAUUUCAAGGUCUACUACAGGUUCCUGGGACGCGUCAUGGGUAAAGCCUUGUUUGAUCGUCAAUUAGUGGCCGGUCAUAUGGUUCAAUUUAUUUACAAGCACAUGCUAGGUUGGCCUAUUCAGUUCAAGGAUAUUCGAGAUUCCGAUGAAGAGUUAUAUUUUAAUCUGAAACAACUCACGGAGCUGGCAGCAAACGGAGAAGAUUUGGAGAUGCUUUGUUUAGACUUUACUACCACCGUUGAAGUUAUGGGCGCGAAGCAAGCCAUUGAACUGGUGGAUGGUGGUGCCGACAUCGAAGUAACGAACGAUAAUUUCCCAGAAUAUUUGGAAGCCUGUAUGAAGUACCGAAUGAUAGGCCGUGUCAAGGAGCAGUUGAAUGAACUGUUACUGGGCUUUUUUGACGUCAUCCCGGAACCGCUCUUGACCAUCUUUGAUUUUCAAGAACUCGAGCUGCUCAUGUGCGGUUUGCCGGAGAUCGACAUGCAGGACUGGCAGGAUCAUACGGAAUAUUCAGGCGAUUACGAAAAUAUCGGUGGCGAGUAUCCGACGUGUCAGUGGUUCUGGGAGGUUGUCGGGGAAUUCGAUCAGGAAACCAAGGCUCGACUUUUGCAGUUUGUGACGGGUACCUCGGGUGUCCCUUCGCGAGGAUUUGGCGUGCUGCAAGGGAACGAUGGAAACGUGCGAAAGUUUACCAUUCACGGUGUUUCGGUCGGAACAUGCCUGUACCCUCGAGCGCACACUUGUUUCAACCGUAUUGAUCUUCCCAUGUACGAAACCAAAGAAGAGCUCAAGGAGAAACUAAAGCUCGCCGUCACCAUGUGCGCUUCCGGAUUCGACAUUGAAUAA